AUGGAGCCAAGCCAUGCGGUGGUAAUCAUCCUGCCUGCCAUCCUCCUGGUUCUACAUCUGGGUCUGGUCCCCACUAAGGCUCAGCAGAAUGAACUACAGGUUGGAGUUGCAGGCCAAGAGGUGAUCCUGAACUGCAGGGGCAUUCCUUCUGACAGGAGUGUGACAUGGAAGUACUAUAACACUGUUGUAAGGGUGUUCACAACCUCUUCUUUGAAAGGCAGGGCCCCGAUGGCUGAUCGCUCCUCCAUUGACUCCCGGAGCAAGCACCUGAAGCUGAAGGACUUAAGGAUGUCUGAUGCUGGCAUCUACACCUGUGUAUAUGACUCUCACAGAGUCACCAUCUCACUGCAUGUCUUUAACUUGAUAAUCCCUUUUGAUGGGCACUUUCUGCCAAAUGAAGUCCCUGAGCUGACUUUAACGCAGAGCUCAGCCCACCCUCUGCCUGACCUCACCAUCGAGUUGUUUGACAGUAACAAUAACACAGUCAGACCACAACUCUUGCCAAACAGCACCCCUCAAAAGUACACUCUGAAGUUAAAGCGACUGGAGGCUACAGACAGCGGCACCUGGAUGUGUCACAUCCAUUCAGACUCCCCAGCCGUCAAUCACAACAUCUUCUUUGAUGUCAAGGUAUUAGGUUUCCAGAAUGCAGAGUUGGAACGAAAGUAUGCAGCUGUUGGUAGCACAGCCACCAUGUCGUGGCACCUGAAUUUCCUUAAGAUAAAGUGGAACAAAGGCUUCACAGGACAGUUGAACUGGGCACAACAUGCAAGUGCAACUGCUCAUAAGCUACUCGAUUUCAACGUCACAGCACAAGGACUGCAGCAUGAGACAAAAAAAAGCAGCAGCUUUCAGCUGGAGAUCCCUGAAAGCAAACCUAAAAGUACUGUAAAGGUGAAACUCCCCAAAGUCCACUUUAACCACUCUGGGCAGUACCUGUGCCAGCUGAUGUACAAGGGAAAACACACAGAGAGCAAGAUAGAGCUGGUGGUGAUGAAAGUCUCUGCUAGCCCUGUCGGGCCACUCGUCAGAGGGACCAAGACGACCCUGACCUGCCUGGUCUCCAGUCUUCUGCCAGCCAACGCCCACCUGCGCUGGGAACGGGCCAACGGCACUCAGAGGGACACCAAGCAGUCAAAGCAGAACGAAGCAAGGGUGGAGGUGAACGUCAGUGCUGCAGGGCUCUGGAACUGUCACCUCAUAGAAGACAACUACAGCAAGAUCAGCCUUAAUUACACCGUGGAGGAAGCUCCUGCUUGGACCAGAUAUGUGGUGAUUGGAGCAAGUGUUGGAGGCAGUGUUUUGAUGCUUGGCCUUGCAUGCCUGUGCAUCAUCAGUGGUGUAAGAUGGCAGCAGAGAAGGCAACGGGCAAGGAGGAUGGCACUAGCAAGGCAAUACUUGCUGGAAAACAAGACAUGCCAGUGUCACCACCAGCUGAAGAAAUAGUAUUGCAGCCCUGGACUCAGAAGGGCUGAUGGAGCCUCUGCCGUACCUGAGCACCUGCCAGUCCACAGUGCUC